CACAAAGCAAAUGACAAGCAGAAGAGACUGAGUCCCUCUCAAUCUUGCCGUCCAGCCCAGUAAAGGCCUUCUCUGUUUCUUCACCCCUUUAAAAUCUGCAAUCAUCUUUUAUUGUCUUUGCUGAAAAACCCCAUCAGUAGAGUUAGCUCAAUACACAUAUAGAUUUGAGCUUUUAAGCUACUCCAGCUAAGGGAGUAGCAGAGCAUCUCAACAUGGCGAAAUUUGUCAGGACAAACACCAAGAGCCUGGAGAGUCUGCUAGACAUGGACCAGUCAAAGGUGAAGAAAAAUUUAGUCAGAAACAAGACUCGAAAGUUGGUAGCUGGGCAAGGGCUUGAGUUCAACAACCUAUCUUAUAGUGUAAUCAAGAAGGUUAAGAAGGAUGGUGUGUGGAUCAACAAAGAAUCGUUCCUUCUGAACGAUAUCUCUGGACAGGCCUUGAGAGGGGAAGUCAUGGCCAUUAUGGGGCCUAGUGGAGCUGGGAAAUCAACUUUUCUUGAUGCUUUGGCUGGGAGGAUUCAUCAGGGGAGCCUCGAGGGAUCUGUCAGAAUUGAGGGCAGACCGGUAUCGACGAGCUACAUGAAGAUGAUUUCGUCCUAUGUCAUGCAAGAUGACCAGCUCUUUGCAAUGCUGACGGUUUAUGAGACAUUCAUGUUUGCGGCUGAGGUCAGGCUUCCCCCUUCCAUUUCGAGGUCUGAGAAGAAGACAAGAGUCUAUGAGCUUCUUGACCAACUUGGUUUAACGAGUUCAGCACAUACCUACAUUGGUGAUGAAGGGAGAAGAGGAGUGUCAGGUGGUGAGCGACGUAGGGUCUCCAUAGGAAUCGACAUAAUCCACAAACCAUCUUUGCUGUUCCUGGAUGAACCAACUUCUGGUCUUGAUUCCACGAGUGCUUUCAGCGUUGUAGAGAAAGUGAAGGACAUUGCUAGAAGUGGUAGCAUCGUCCUAAUGACAAUCCACCAGCCUUCUUUCAGGAUUCAAAUGCUUUUGGACCGCAUCACUGUCCUGGCUAGGGGAAGGCUUAUAUAUAUGGGAAUCCCAACGGCUCUUCCUGCUCAUCUCUCGGGAUUUGGAAGGCCAAUUCCAGAAAGUGAGAACAGCUUAGAGUACCUCCUUGAUGUGAUAAAAGAAUAUGAUGAAUCAACUGUAGGGCUUGAUCCACUUGUUUUAUACCAAUGUGAUGGUAUUAAACCUGAUCAAGAGGCACAAACUCCGGUUCAGAGGACACCAAAGACACCUAAAACACCACGAGGGAAGACCUCCGGCCCCAAACACAUCAGCCUCCGUAGCCAUCAAUUUACAGCUGGAAAAUCGACAACUAGAACAGAAUCUGGGAGAGCAUUUAACUAUGAUGAUGACGACGACGACGAUGAUGAUGAUUUUGACAAUUCCCUGGAACGUAGUAAAACUGUCAAAACACCAAUGCAUAUGCAGAGUAGUGGCGUCUAUAAUCCACGCUUAGCCUCUCAAUUCUACUCAGACUUCUCAGUCUGGAUCUACCAUGGAGUAAAGGGAACCCCUCAUCGUCAGCCAUCAUGGACCCCAGCAAGAACUCCCGGACGAACACCUGGAAUAACACCUGUUUCUGGUGCAAGAAGCCGAUUUUCAACGCCUCAACAAAGUCGUCCCCAAUCACAGGUCCCAGUAGUUUUCAGCCCAUCAACAGCAGAGCCUUACUCAGUUUCUUAUGAGCAGUUUGAGAUGCAAGUGCUUGAUGAACCAGCAAAUCAUGGGCCUAAGUUUGCCAAUCCAUGGCUCCGUGAAGUAGCAGUCCUCUCAUGGCGCACAGCACUCAACGUGGUCCGAACUCCUGAACUUUUUCUCUCCCGGGAGAUUGUUCUGGCUGUCAUGGGCCUUGUUCUCGCCUCCUUAUUCAAAAACUUGCAUGAUCUCGACUUCAAAACCAUCAAUCGCCUUCUUAACUUCUACAUCUUUGCAGUUUGCCUAGUAUUCUUUUCCUCUAAUGAUGCAGUCCCUACUUUUAUACAAGAAAGAUUCAUCUUUAUCCGCGAAACCUCCCAUAAUUCUUAUCGAGCUUCUUCUUAUGUCAUCUCUUCCCUCGUUGUUUACCUCCCAUUUUUUGCUAUUCAGGCCUUUACAUUUGCAGCAAUCACCCAGUUCAUACUUGAUCUCCGCAGCAAUCUUCUCAGAUUCUGGAUCAUUCUUUUCUCGUCCCUCAUCACGACCAAUGCAUAUGUGAUGCUAGUUAGCGCUCUUGUUCCAAGUUACAUCACUGGAUAUGCCGUUGUCAUUGCCACCACUGCUCUCUUUUUCUUGACUUGCGGGUUUUUCUUGAAGGUGACUCACAUUCCCAUCUACUGGAGGUGGCUGCAUUACAUUUCUGCAAUCACAUAUCCAUUUGAGGCGUUACUCAUAAACGAAUUCAAAAAUGAAAAAUGUUACAAUGGUGAUGCUGGAGAUCUCUCACCUGGUCCUCUAGGCCAAGUGAAUAUCAGCUCAGCGCACACCGCCUCUGGAAUUUUUCAGAACUGUACACUGAUAGGAGAAGAUGUUCUCUUCUCCAUGGGUAUCACAAAAGAGAACAUCUGGUAUGAUAUUGGCAUUUUGCUGGCUUGGGGUGUACUUUAUCGCCUCCUUUUUUAUGUUGUUCUCAGGUUCUACUCCAAGAAUGUUAGAAAAUGAAGUCUGUCGUGUAUUUCUGUUAACUAUAAAUCAUAGUAUUUGUUUCCUUAA